AUGGCGGCGGUAGCGGGGGAUAGCGCUAUGGAGGUGGUGCCGGCGCUAGCCGAGGAGGCCGCAGCCUAGGCGGCGGGCCCCAGCUGCCUGGUGCAGCUGCCGGGCGAGGUGCUGGAGUACAUCCUCUGCAGCGGCUCCCUCACGGCGCUCGACAUCGGCCGCGUGUCCAGCACCUGCCGUCGCCUGCGCGAGGUGUGCCAGAGCAGCGGCCAGGUGUGGAAGGAGCAGUUCCGGGUGAGGUGGCCCUCUCUGAUGAAGCACUACAGUCCCACCGACUACGUCAAUUGGUUAGAGGAAUAUAAAGUUCGGCAGAAAGCUGGCUUAGAAGCCCGGAAGAUUGUAGCCUCCUUCUCCAAACGGUUCUUUUCAGAGCAUGUUCCUUGUAACGGCUUCAGUGACAUUGAAAACCUCGAGGGGCCAGAGAUCUUUUUUGAGGAUGAGCUGGUGUGCAUCCUAAACAUGGAAGGAAGGAAAGCUUUGACCUGGAAAUACUACGCAAAGAAAAUUCUUUACUACCUGCGGCAGCAGAAAAUUCUGAACAACCUCAAGGCUUUCCUGCAGCAGCCCGAUGAUUAUGAGUCAUAUCUGGAAGGUGCCGUUUACAUCGACCAGUACUGCAACCCUCUCUCCGACAUCAGCCUCAGAGACAUCCAGGCCCAGAUCCACAGCAUCGUGGAACUUGUAUGCAAAACCCUCCGUGGUAUCAACAGCCGCCACCCCAGCCUGACCUUCAGGGCAGGCGAGUCCUCCAUGAUAAUGGAGAUAGAACUCCAGAGCCAAGUUCUGGACGCCAUCAACUAUGUCCUGUAUGACCAGCUGAAGUUCAAAGGGAACCGCAUGGACUACUACAACGCCUUGAACCUGUACAUGCACCAGGUAUUGACCCGCAGAACAGGAAUCCCCAUCAGCAUGUCUCUGCUAUACCUGACCAUCGCCCGGCAGCUGGGUGUCCCGCUGGAGCCUGUCAACUUCCCAAGCCACUUCCUCCUGAGGUGGUGCCAAGGCGCAGAAGGGGCAACCCUGGACAUCUUUGACUACAUCUACAUAGAUGCUUUUGGGAAGGGCAAGCAGCUCACAGUGAAGGAGUGUGAGUACUUGAUUGGCCAGCACGUGACGGCGGCAUUAUAUGGCGUGGUGAACGUGAAGAAAGUGCUGCAGCGGAUGGUGGGCAACCUGUUGAGCCUGGGCAAGAGGGAAGGCAUUGACCAGUCCUACCAGCUCCUCAGAGACUCUUUGGACCUGUACCUGGCAAUGUACCCGGACCAGGUGCAGCUCCUGCUCCUCCAGGCCAGACUCUACUUCCACCUGGGCAUCUGGCCAGAGAAGGUGCUUGACAUCCUCCAGCACAUCCAGACCCUCGACCCCGGGCAGCACGGGGCGGUGGGCUACCUAGUGCAGCACACACUAGAGCACAUUGAGCGCAAGAAGGAGGAGGUAGGCGUGGAGGUGAAGCUGCGCUCUGAGGAGAAGCACAGAGAUGUCUGCUACUCCAUCGGGCUUGUUAUGAAGCAUAAGAGAUACGGCUACAACUGUGUGAUCUAUGGCUGGGACCCCACCUGCAUGAUGGGGCACGAGUGGAUUCGCAACAUGAACGUGCACAGCCUGCCUCAUGGCCACCAUCAGCCCUUCUACAAUGUUCUGGUGGAGGAUGGCUCCUGCAGAUAUGCAGCCCAAGAGAACCUGGAAUACAACGUGGAGCCUCAGGAAAUCUCACACCCAGACGUGGGACGCUACUUCUCAGAGUUCACAGGCACGCACUACAUCCCAAAUGCAGAGCUGGAGAUCCGGUACCCCGAGGACCUGGAGUUUGUGUACGAGACGGUGCAGAACAUUUACAGUGCAAAGGAGGACACGGCUGAGUAGACUCAGGACAUUGCACCUCUGCUGCUGCUGCUGCCGCCUUCUAGGGGAAGGAUUCCUGAAGGACUAGUGCGGUCCCCUUGGAGUCAGCACAGGACAGCCACUUCACCAGCAGCCUUGGCUGCCUCCCCAGUUUAGAUGGCGUGUGCUCCUCCGGCCACAGAGACAGCGCUGCUCUCCGCUACACUAGUGAAUCAGUUGAAAGGCACCGUGUCCAGUGGCAUGGCUUGUCUGCUUGUCCCGUGGUGACAGUGUGUGACAUUCUGUCCUCAUGAGGUCUCACCGUCCACACUCUGUUCUUUCAUCCCCCCCCCACCCUUGUCUCCAUUCACACUGUGGCAGCAUUUCUCCAGCUGGACAGAUGGGGUCCACAUUUCCUGCACUCUCUGGAGCUUGGGCACCCCGAGUCGGUGCCACCUGCCCCUUUGCCUUGGGGUGGUUGUAUUCAGAUGAAGGCAUGGAGAUGGGACUCAGAACGAGUAGAAUUAAUUUUUUGCUAAUA